AUGGGGAGCCAAUCCUCUGCAAAGCCAAAGCUUCGCAAAGGACUGUGGUCUCCAGAGGAGGAUGAGAAAUUGGUGAGGCCUCCAAAGAUGUGGGAAGAGCUGCAGGCUGAGAUGGAUCAACUAUCUCCGGCCCGACUUGAAAAGGGGCCACUUUUCGCAACAGGAAGAAGAGUUGAUCGUCAAGCUACACGCAGUGCUUGGGAACAGCUCCCGGGUCGAACAGACAACGAGAUUAAAAACUUUUGGAACUCGUGCCUGCGGAAGAAGCUACGUCAAGUUGGUAUCGACCCACACACUCACAAGCCAAUGGCAGCCGGCCCCGACAGCGUCGCCCGAUCGUCCGAGGAACUGGGAGAAGUAAUUGGAGUCUCGGGUCACUCGCUCCACAACAAUCACGUCAAGGAUAAUGGUUUCCGGUUUAGGCAGUCUCUGCAGCAACACAACGAAGAGGAAGAGACCAGCUUCUCACUUUCAAUGCUGCCGAUCACGCUCAGCCCCCACCAGCAGCAGCAGCAUUGCGACGCAGAUUCCUCCAUUCUCGACACCAAGAUCGACGCUGCGUCAUGGCAGCAGCAAAGCAGCAAGUCACUGGCACACUUUUAUGACGACGAGCCCACCGAUUCCGACCCCAUCUCCGCAGUCUUAGAUCAGAUGUGA